GUCAAAACCGGGGUUGAUUCCUCAGAAAGCCAACUGGUACAGGGAGAUCGACCUCCGACGAACCACAGCUGUCUCCCCAACAAUCAAAGCUCCUUUUUCUCUCUCGUAUUCUCAAUUCUGGUGACUUCAAUUAGGGUUUUAAGGUUGCUUCUGCUUUGCUCGUUUUCGGUUGCCCUAAAAGAUGCUUCCUCUUUCUCUACUAAAAACUGCACAGGGCCAUCCUAUGUUGGUGGAACUGAAAAAUGGGGAGACUUACAAUGGACAUUUGGUUAACUGUGAUACUUGGAUGAACAUCCAUCUCCGUGAAGUUAUCUGUACCUCUAAGGAUGGAGAUAGAUUUUGGCGAAUGCCUGAAUGCUACAUCCGUGGCAAUACAAUUAAGUAUCUUCGGGUUCCUGAUGAGGUAAUUGAUAAAGUUCAGGAAGAAACCAAGAGCCGCACAGAUAGAAGGCCUCCUGGGGUAGGACGUGGCAGAGGUAGGGGCCGAGAAGAUGGCCCUGGUGGAAGGCAAGCAAAAGGAGUUGGGCGUGGGCUAGAUGAUGGAGGUGCCAAAGGUGCAGGCAGAGGCAGGGGUGGUCCAGGUGGAAAACCUAGUGGAAACAGAGGUGGAGGCCGGGGCCGAGGCUGAUAUGGGUUCUAAACAACUUUUGGGUGAAUUAGCUAUUUUUGGAGGCAAUUUUCACCCAAUUAAAGUAUGAGUUGUCUUCUGUUAGUUCUGUUGAAGUGUUAAUUUUCAGUGCAGAUUGAGUGGUAUACAGAACAAAGUUUGUAGUAUGGUUUCUCAUUUUCCAAUUUAUGCCGUUUUUUCUAUUCCAAGGUAGUGGAUCCUAGAACAAUUAUUUAUCCUGCUUAUGAAUUCAAGGUUAAAAGUCACUGGCAAUCCCUCUGUUUGAAUAAACGCCAGUUUAACUUCUCCAACUUUUCAGUCUACUGAGCGAUGGUAUUUUAUUUACUUU